UAUGCUGGACCUCGAGUUUGGCAUGGGUUCCCUUGACUCAGUCCUCGAACUGAUGAUAGGAAGAGUAUAUAUCUCACAUCGAUGAGAUAUAUAACUGGUUUUGGUUCUUGUUUCCUCUGAGAAACGAGAAUUUGUUUGAGAUCCUACUCUUGUUGUGCAGCAGAGGUGCUGCCGAAAUUUUUACUGCACACAACAAGGGUCGGAAGAGAAGGUGAACAGGUGGUGGGUCUGAAGCCUAUUCGAUGGAGGAGAUCAUCAAGAAGUUGAACCCUGCGGAGGUGUCAACUUUGAUGAAGCUAAUGAAGUUGUCGGCUGGUGAGAGCGCGACAAAACCAUCGAAGAAGUUGGAGCUUCCGACCAUCGAUCUGAAGCUGGAUGGACCUAGUACGUACCUGAGCUGGUCACGACGGGUGAGAUAUACCCUUGCAGGGAGGAAUCUGGAGGGUUAUCUGACAGGAGAGGUGACAGAACCAGAGAAGGACUCAGAGGGAAGAGAUGAGUGGAAGUCCACUCAUAUGUUGGUGUACAUCUGGCUUCUCAACUCGUUGGUCCCGACGAUCGCCGCCACGGUGGAUGGCAUUGAGAAGGUGAAGGACGUCUGGGAGAAGUUGAGGAGGACAUAUGAUGGAGUGGGGAAUAACAUGCGGGUAUUCCAGAUCAAAGGAGAGAUCGACGCCACAGUCCAGGGAGAGAGGACUGUACAGGAAUAUGCUACAAAGCUGGAGCGCCUGUGGCUGGACUAUGAUCAUUUUUCUCCCGGGGCUAGCUGCAAGGACCCGGGAUGUAAAGAGCGGGAGGCCUUUCUACAAGAGAUGACUAUGGUGUUUCUUAAAGGAUUGACAUCAGAAUUCGCUCAGCGAAUCACACUGCUGCUAGCUCAGCCGAAGAUUCCCACGCUUGAGGAGGCUGUCUCUGCUAUGAUUCAGGAGGAAACUCGCAUUCGGCUGCAGGCGGGGACAGGUGGACUUCCUGUGGUGAAGUCAGCAAUGGCAGCCUCUAGCAACACUGGCUCUAAGGGAGAGACCCGACAGUGUUACAACUGCGGUGCGGUGGGUCAUCUAAGGCAUGCUUGCACCAAGCCAUCCAAGGAAGGAGAUUCGGGUGGACGUGGACAGUUCGGAGGCCGUGGUCGUGGUCGUGGAGGUCGACGAGGUGGAAGAGGAGCAGGGAAUCGAGCGAAUCUGACGGUAGCAGAAGAAGAAGAAGCUGAGGUGAUCUUUACUGAGGAAGACAGUGCUCUCCUGGCGAUACUAAGGAAGAAACAACAAGUAGCAGGGGAUGGAGACUUGAGGAGUGGGACUGAGGAGGCAUCCACUUCGUUCUUCGCCAGAGGCAAUACUGCUACAUAUGCUCAUCCGACCAAAGGUACUGAUGAUAUACAUGCUCUUGCUUCUAUGUCUCCCAACAGAUCAUCAGAAUGGAUAGUCGACUCCGGCGCGUCUCGACAUAUGACAGGUAAUGCUAGUGAGUUCUCAUCAUAUACUCACUUAGCAUCACAUGAUAGUAUUCAAACAGCUGAUGGUACAUUUCAACCGGUGGUUGGUAAGGGUACAGUCGAUUGUACUGGUUCUGUAACUUUGUCCAAUGUAUUGCAUGCUCCUUCAUUUCCAGUCAAUCUUUUGUCCAUUAGUUCUAUCAUCCUCCAACUAAAAUACAUUGUUUCUUUUGAUAUUCCCAAGGUGAUUUUUCAGGAGAAGGGGACAGGACGGAGACUUGGGACUGGCACAUGACGUAGUGGACUGUGGUAUCUGGAUCGUGAAGGGCUGGAUUCAGCAUUGGUGUCAGUCGUAGAGGAAGCAGGAGUAGGAUCUAAUAUGAGUACUGAGAAUGAGUUAAUGCUUCAUCACCAGCGUUUGGGACACUCAUCAUUUAGUGUUUUAGGUAGAUUGUAUCCUUCUUUAUUUGAGAAAGCAAAUAAACAGAAACUUGUGUGUGAUGCAUGUGAGUUUGGAAAGCUUACUAGAAGCUCUUAUGUUAGUUCAGGUCAAAGAAGUUCUCGUGUAUUUGACUUGGUACAUUCAGAUGUUUGGGGGCCUUGUUCCACAAGUUCUAUGAAUGGAUACAAGUAUUUUGUUACAUUUAUUGAUUGUUUCUCUCGUGUGACUUGGUUAUACUUGAUGAAGAAUAAGAGUGAAGUGUUUGGGUACUUUCAAAACUUUCAUAGGAAUGUUCAGACUCAAUACGGAGCAGUGGUGAAGAUAUUGAGGUCGAAUAAUGGGACAGAGUAUACCAACAGAGCGUUUGAAGAAUAUUUGUCAGCUCAGGGAAUACAUCACCAGACGACUUGUCCAUAUACACCAGCUCAGAAUGGGGUAGCGAAAAGGAAGAACAGACAUCUUUUAGAGGUUGCUAGAAGCAUGAUGAUCUCUAUGAAUAUCCCAGAAAUAUUAUAGGGGCAAGCAGUGUUGACCGCAGCAGCGCUGAUCAACAGAAUGCCCUCGAGAAUGCUGGAUUGGAAGUCUCCGUGUGAGACAUUAAAGGGAGAUAAUGGUGGGAUUCUUCCACUUAAAGUGUUUGGCUGUGUGUGCUUUGUGAAGGACAACAGGCCAUCUGUCGGGAAACUUGCCCCUAGAGCUGUGAAGUGCAUCUUUGUAGGAUAUUCUGCUACUCAGAAGGGAUAUGUUUGCUGGAGCCCGGUGGAGAAAAGGUUGUUUGUGAGCAUGUACGUGCACUUCCGAGAACUCGAGCCAUAUUACACCUGAAAGGUAACUUCAUCCGUUGGUAACUCGCCUAAUACUGGAAGUAUGAGGCGAGAGGAGGAGAAUGGUGAGAGAAUGGAGAAAUCAAUGUCUGAGAAUGGUAAGAGAUCAGAAAAAUCAAUAUCUGUAACGAUUCCUUGGGAAGGAGACUUGGUUGAGGAGGAGCAAGAGAAUGAAGAAGAAGAGGAGAAUGAGACAAGAGGUGUUAGACCAACGGUUCAGGGGGAACUACUUACCUAUAGUAGGAAGGGGAAACAAAUUACGGAAACAGUAUCUACAGUGCCACUGGUGCCAAGUCCCUUGCCAACGCCUGCCCCGAUUCCUGAGACACCUACACCACCACCAGAUUCCUCUCAAGGUGAUUCUAUUCCUCUUCCUACUCAUCUCACACCAAUAACCGUACGGAGGACUACUCGCAGUAAUGCGGGAAAUCCUCCCGAUAGAUAUGGUUGGGAUCUUCCUCAGUUUGUAUCAUAUUCUAACAUCCACCCUGUACAUGGAGCAUUCAUUACAUCUCUGGACUCUGUUACUAUACCUAACAAUUGGCAGGUUGCAAAGAAGGACCAGAAAUGAAAAGCUGCUAUGCACGAAGAGCUAAGGGCCCUUGAGAAGAACCGUACUUGGGAGUUAGUAAAACUACCAAAAGGGAAGAGAGCAGUUGGAUGCAAGUGGGUCUUCACUGUGAAGCAGAAUCCAGAUGGACAGGUUGAACGCUACAAAGCACGUUUGGUGGCAAAAGGAUAUAGUCAGACAUAUGACACUACGAUGAGACUUUUGCACCGGUGGCAAAGAUGAGCACUGUUCGGACCUUAAUCUCUCUGACAGUAAAUGGUGGAUGGAAGCUACACCAACUAGAUGUGAAGAACGCAUUCCUUCAUGAAGAUCUAGUAGAGGAAGUAUACAUGGAGAUACCACCAGGAUUCGGUACA